GGACCCACGAUCAGAAGGAAAGGGUCAGAAUCGCUUCGAUAGGCAAAGGCGCACGUUUCCUUUAUUCUUGAAUCCAAACUUUGCCAACAUCCAUACGUCGCCUACUGUAUAAUAAUAUAUAUUCGUUUUAAUUCAUGGAUGACAGAUUUAGAUAUUUUAUAGCAAUUUGAAGUAACCCACCUAGCUAACGUUAGUCCGCUGUGAAGCUUACGAGUGAGGUUAGCUAGCUAGCUACCGUGCUAGCUUUAGCUACACGAACUGAGCCUUGCUCUGGGGCAGUGUCUGCAGUGUCGUUUGAUGGAUCCAAGAAUCGCUUGGUUUCAGCCAGAACAACGUGGGCCAGCCAACAGCCUGUGGAUGCAGAUUUGGGAAACAACUCAAGGACUGGGGAAUCUGUACUUCAAUAACAACUGUAACACGGGUGGUUUGUCAAGCACGUCAAGCCUCAGUCCGAAAAAGAACAUCAACGGGACAUUGGGUUUGUCAAGCACGUCAAGCCUCAGUCCGAAAAAGAACAUCAACGGGACAUUGGGUAACGUGAUCUCGUGCAAGAACGGAGCUGUCACUAACAGCGAACCCCGGAACCAGGGAAUGUCCAACUCAACGAAAGACAGAGAUGUAGUCGAACAACGAGACUUUAUUCCGUUGGAAGCAAAUAACAACCACAACAACCGUUCAUCGUUGGGGAGGGGCAGCGCAGGGGGACAAGUGUGUACUCGGGUCUCUGGGGUCUCAGGACACCCCAACAAAAGGAAAAGAGACAACAAGGCUAGCACUUAUGGAUUCAACAGUAGCCUCGAGACCGGAGGCUGUGGUUACACGGGAACACCAUGGAAAGUCAAGAACUACUCUGAAGGAAUCUUGGGGCUCCAUGAGGAGAUCAAUGACUUCUACAAGCACAUGUCUCCUCGGGCGGAGGAGGAGAGGAUGAGGAUGGAGGUGGUGGACAGGAUCGAGAGGGUCAUCAAAGACCUGUGGCCCACUGCUGACGUUCAAGUAUUUGGGAGUUUCAGCACGGGCCUCUAUCUGCCAACCAGUGACAUCGAUCUGGUGGUGUUUGGGAACUGGGAAAACCUGCCCCUUUGGACCCUGGAAGAGGCCCUGCGGAAGAAAAACGUGACUGACGAGAACUCCAUCAAAGUGCUGGACAAGGCCACGGUACCCAUCAUCAAGCUGACAGACUUCCGCACAGAGGUGAAGGUGGACAUCAGCUUCAACGUGAAGAAUGGAGUCAAAGCUGCCCAUCUCAUCAAAGACUACAAAAAAAAAUACCCAGUGCUUCCAAAGUUGGUUCUGGUGCUGAAGCAGUUUCUGCUCCAGAGGGAUCUGAAUGAGGUUUUCACUGGAGGGAUCGGCUCCUACAGCCUCUUCCUUAUGGCUGUCAGCUUCCUGCAGCUUCACUACAGAGAAGAUGCGUGCAGCCCCAAUGCCAACGUGGGCGUUCUCCUUAUAGAGUUCUUUGAGCUCUAUGGACGCCACUUCAACUACCUGAAGACGGGCAUCCGGAUCAAAGAUGGCGGCAGCUAUGUGGCCAAAGACGAGGUUCAGAAGAGCACUGACCUCUACAGGCCCUCCAUGCUCUUCAUUGAGGACCCCCUAGCCCCAGAUAACGACGUUGGCCGCAGCUCAUACGGUGUGUUGCAGGUGAAGCAGGCCUUUGACUAUGCCUACGUAGUGCUCAACCACGCCGUAUCGCCCAUCGCCAAGUACUACCCCAACAACGAGUCUGAGAGUAUACUCGGCAGAAUAAUUCGGGUGACCCAGGAAGUGGCUGAAUACAGGGACUGGAUCACCAAGCUCUGGGGACCACAGUCUCAGAAUGAACCUACCCUGAAUGGAAAUGAUGUCACACUGUUAGUGAAGCCUCAGCGGCUGGACGAGUGCAACAACAACCUGACGGAGGAGGUGACUGCAUCUCGCAGCAAGACCUCCUCCAACUCCUCCUCAUUAGCGUCAUCCUCAUCCUCCACGGUAUCCAGUUCCAGCGACGUUGAUUCUGACGGGACGCCCUGUAAGACAGUGAAGCAGCUGCCUGGGCGGGGCUCCAGCGCCCACAGAGAAUCCUCAGGUGGCGUGACCAAUCACAGAACACAGAGCCACACCACCAGCACUCCUACUGACAACAAGGGGGGCAAGGCCAGGUUGUUCCGCUCGUCUAGUAAAAACACCCACCACGUCCAGCAGAACUCGUCCUCAUCCAACAUCAAGAGCCACCCGAGCAGCAAGCCACACUACCAAGGCAACAGCAAGAAGAGGAAACCUCAGCAGCACUCAGAGGCCCAGGACCUCUGCAGAUAGGGCCGUCUUGGUCUGCUCUGCAACAGACUGACAGCCUGACUGUCCCACUUCUGCUGCCAGACCACAUACUGACUGAGGAGUAGUAUUAAGGAUCUUCCUUCUCUCAAGCGACACGCAUCUUUUUAUAGCUGAAAAAUAUCCCAAAAAAAGAAAUGGGAAAUGCUGGGGCUUAGUUCUUGAAAGAAAUGCUCAUUUUCUUCCUUGACAUAAACAUGUUCUACAGUGGAGCUACACACCACAUCCAGUACCUACAAAUCUUCCCUUUUACCAUAGCGCCAUCUGGUGUUUGAGGAAUAAGUGUCUGGAAAGUAAUGUGGAUUUUUAUGAGCAAUACCUGGAACUUGGCUGGCGAACAUACUUCAGCAAGAAGUUUUUUUUUUUUAAGGAAUAAAAUACACAAAUAACAAAUGUAUAAAAUGUUAUAUUGAAGAGAGAGAAAAUGUACACAGAUCGACAGACUAAACCCCAAAAUGCAAUCUAAGUGGAGACGAUAACUUCAUGUUGAUGGGCGGGUAUUUUUUGGUUGUAUAAGCAGAUUAUACAAAGAUUUGUACAAAAAGAAACGUGGAAAAAAUUAUCACAAAUAAAUUGACUUUUUACAGGAUAAUACUGAUUCAAGGCAAAUGUAGAUGUGCACAUUUGCCUGCUAAUCUGAGUAGUGGCAGGUUUGGGUUUCAUUACAAACAUAAAUCAUCAGCAUUCUA